AUGCACUCCUCGAGAUACGGCAUGUGUGCGAUGCCCGUCUGGUCCUCCAGGAUUCCGUGGAAGCCACAGGGAAGGAGGGUGCUAAAGGUCCACCUGGCCUUCCAGGUCCUCCAGGACAAACAACAAGGAGUGGACCACGUGGCCCUCCUGGUCCUGAAGGAGAUAAAGGAUUUCCAGGUGAACGAGGAGAACCUGGAAAAACUGGUGCUCCAGGAAGGAAUGGUGUCAUUUCGGUAG